AAAUUCGGCGGUCCUCUCAUCCGCAUUUGAAAAAGCCGCCGGAUCUUCAUCAUCUUCCGGGAGAAACUUCCCCAAUGCUCCACCGACAGGCAUUUAGAGAUUGGCGCUUAAAGAGUUAAUCGACGGACAAGCCAGCGGAUUACAGAUAAAAUUCAAUGGCGCCUCCAAAGAAAUCCACGAGUCGAAACAAAAGAAUCCUUCAUUCAAAUAAUCCCUCGGCUGAAAAAAGUUAUACGAGCUCGCAAAGAAGCAAGAAACGAAAGAAGAACUUGUGUGAGAAGUUGGGACCUCAAUGGAGCAUGAGGGAAAUUGAGAUUUUUUAUGAAGCGUACAGAAAAUAUGGACAAGACUGGAAAAGGGUGGCUUCUUCUACGUAUGGUAGAUCAAUUGAGAUGGUAGAGGCUCUUUACAAUAUGAACAGGGCAUAUCUUUCCUUGCCGGAGGGGACUGCAUCUGUUGUUGGUCUCAUAGCGCUGAUGACAGAUUACUAUAAUGUUAUGGAAGGUAGAGAUAGUGAACGUGAUAAUUAUCAUGCUUCAGGUUUUCAAGAAUCUCCAAAGACUAAUCAAGGAAAAGUUCAAAUGAGUUUCUCAAAUGAAGACUAUUGUACUAGUCAUUCAGUUGCAGCAAAUGGUGGAUGUCUGUCUUUGCUUAGGAGUUUAUAUCAUGGUAGCCAGCCUCGUGUUGUGCAGAAAAGGACACCUCGUGUUCCUAUUUCAUAUUCAAAUAAAAGAAAUAAAUGGAAAAACCAUGCUUCUGGUAAUAAAAGUUCGAAGAAGUCAGAAUUUCACGUGAGCAGCGAUGAAGUUGCACAUGGUGCCACAUUAGCUUUGGCUGAAGCCUCACAAAGAGGGGGCACUUCCGCAACAUCCAUGCCUUGCAAAAUAAAAGAGAACUUGAAAUCCUCAUACGAGGUCAGCGGUGGACGUAAAGGAAGACCAAUCGAACAAUUUGGUUAUGAUCCUAGCUUGAUAGUAGAUAUAGAGUCUGCAAGGAUAGUUAAGGCUCACCACAAGAUGAAGAAACGGUACAGAAAGGAGAAAGUUUUAGAUGAUAAAAACAGGCAGUUUCAUCAAAGUAUCGAUUAUUUAACAGAAAAUAGACCUGAAGCAUCUAUUAUGGAUGGCGUAGGCAGUCUCAGUGUUCCAGAAGGAAAAGUUGACUCUGAAAUUUCAAAUGCAGAUUGUGAGCUAUCAUUUCCACUAGUUCAGAAAAAGAAAAGCAGGAAGCAGUCACGUGGAGAUGGGAACAUUGCUGUAGAUGCUUUGCAGACCUUAGCUGAUUUGUCUUCCGUGAUGCCAUUUACUGCCAUGGAACCAGAAGGAUCUGUUCAAAUUGUGGAGGAAACUGACUCUUUCAAUUUGGAAAACAAAUCUUGUAUUGAGGAUAAAGCAAAGCAAAUCAUGGUCCCUGAAACGUUCAAUAUUGAGGAUACAGGUUAUGGGAAAUCAAAACCUGGAAGUGACUUGUCAAUUGCGAUACCUGAUACAAAAAUUCCCGUGGAUGCCCAUUUACGUGAAAAUUUGAAGACAGCCACAUCUGGGCAUACUAAACCAAUGAAUAACGAAAAUCAAGUCACUCUACCAAUUAAGCAGGGGAGUCGAAGUAGAUGUAAGAUGGGGCUUCGGAGAUUGUUGACCCAUCAAAAGACGAAGCCCUGUGACGACAAAUUGGAAAAAGAGCUCAUGAAAUAUUCCCCCUCUGUUCAAGACAGAGCAUUCUACCUCAAAGACAAACUUUCUAAUUGCAUGUCGUCCACUUUGCUGCGUAGAUGGUGCAUUUUUGAAUGGUUUUAUAGUGCAAUUGAUUAUCCUUGGUUUGCAAGAAGGGAAUUUGUCGAGUAUUUGGAUCAUGUUGGCCUGAAAAACAUCCCACAGUUAACUCGUCUUGAAUGGAGUGUCAUAAGAAGUUCCCUCGGUAAACCUCGGCGAUUGUCUGAAUGUUUUCUUCAUGGAGAAAGAAUGAAACUCAAACUUUUCCGAGAAUCUGUAAGACAAAUUUAUGCUGACCUCCAUGCUGGCAGUCGUGAAGGGCUUCCUACAGAUUUGGCGAGACCCUUAACUGUUGGGCAGCGUGUAAUAGCUUUGCUUCCAAACACACUAAAAGUUCUUGAUGGAAUGGUCUUAACGGUUAAUCAUGACAAGUACAGGAUUCAGUUUGAUAAUCAGGAGAUUGGAGUCGAAUUAGUGAUGGAUUUUGAUUGCAUGCCUUUCAAUCCACUGGAUAAUCUUCCAGUGGCUCUUAGAUGUCAGAGCCGUUCCAUCAACGCAUCAUCUCUCGAAUGCAAAGAGCCAAAGGCAAAUAGCCAUCCAAAUCUAAGUAGAGAAUUGGAGAAAGCAUCCAGCCCAUACACCAUUGAUACCUUGGAUCCUUCCACCACAUUUAACCUGGCGCAGCAUAAUACUUUCCCUGGGAACUCAUUGCCUCCAUGGUCGAUGUCUCCGUCUCUAGCUAAUACCAGAGCACCUAGUGGUAUCCCCCAUUCUUUAAAUGUUUCUCAUGAAUCAGGAUGUGGGGUUGUUGAUAUUGUCAGAGGUUCGAGGGAAAAGGCACAGUUGAUGGUAAAUGUUGCUAUUGAGGUCAUGUUGAGCACGAGCCAAGGUGAUGAUCCUCUGACAAUUAUUUGUGGUGCCCUGCAUUCUUUUGAGUCGUUUGAGUAUCAGAAACCUUUAAGCAAGUCUCAAGAGUAUAUAAAUGACAGUUUGGGCCCCUUUAACCAAUUAUGCUCAUUGGAACACCUUCCUACUAGUGAUCUAUUCAGUCCACGAUCGAGACGUUCCGAUAAAGAUUAUGGAGGAAUUCCUUCAAAUCUAAUCACUUCAUGUGUUGCUACUUUGCUUAUGAUCCAGGCAUGUGUCGAGUAUCCAUAUCCACCAGGCGACGUGGCUCAAAUCUUAGGUUUAGCAGUUAAAAGCUUGCAUCCAAGAUGUUCUCAGAAUCUGCAUUUUUAUAAGGAGAUUGAAACUUGCAUGGGAAGAAUCUGUUCCAACUUGAAUUCAAUUUGAUUGAUCUCUCUAGGUUUUACCAUUUACUUUUGUUUCUUUUACUUUUACCUCAAAAGUUAACCUUUUUUUUUUUUUCUUCGUUAGU